UUUAGAACCAAACAAUUCCUUGUAAAUGUUUCACAAUCCUUGCAUUAAUCUGGGCGGGAGAGUUGGCGCUAAAAUGAAAAAAAACUUAAUACAAGGAAUUGUACAAUUCUUUGUUUUGUUUACAUUAAUACGGCAAGGAUUUGAGAAAAUUCCUUGUAUGUAAUAAAAAACAAGGAACCCAAUUCCUUACUUGCUUUGCCGAUAUCAAAUAGAAAAAUAAACAUAUGGAAGCUUCUCUCACAUAUCCCAAAGACCAAUUCUGAAAGCUCUCGAUAUUCUCUCAGAAUUUGACGACGAACUCUUACGAGUACCGCCGAUGCUUCUUGUUCCUAUCAAUUUUCCUAUUCGUCUUUGGCAUUAGAAGAAGACAUUUCUUCAUCUCUCUCGUCCUUGAUGUCAUUGACAUGGUGAAAGUUGUAUUCAGGUUCAUUCAUGUGCUGCUAGUGGGGAAAAAGUGCUAAUUCCUUCAUUUGCUUUGGGUAGAGCUCAGUACAAGGAAACAUUAAGGUCAUUAGAAUCCUCCUGAAACGAUUUGUGUGAAGUUGUUAAAUUGAGCUUGUGCAGUCCUCAAAGAAACUAAGGAAAAGAUGGCUCAAGGGAGAGGGAAGCGGAUAAGGAAGGUUCAAAAAGUGCCUCCACCUCAACAGCCAGCUACAACAACUAUGGCUAAUAAUGUGUCAGCUAGACCUACUGUGCGUGAGAAUGUGCCAGCAACGCCAACUAUGGCAGAUACUGCAUUUGCUCCCCCUACUGUGCGUGAAAAUGUGCCAGCAACAACUACUGUACAUGCUCAUGUCAGUCAAGUACGAGCAAGAGCUAACACGCCACCAAGAGCUAAUUUGCCACCACAAACCAACGUGCCACUACCAGCUAACGUGGCUCCAUCAAUUCAUCAACUGCCUACCCAACAAGAAAUCCCUUUUGUGGGCAUUGGAAUGAAAAGGAAGCGUGGUAAAUCCUGUGGUAAAGCUCUUCAGGAGCUUAUAAAGGCUAAUGGUGGACCUCUGCGUGUUGACUUUCAUCCGACCAUUCAUGUCCCUUCUGAUGACACAAUUUCUAAAAUGUUUACUUCUGAGAUAGGAAUUACUAUUCGGGGUGGGGCACCAGUAUGCAAAUAUGGCUGGUCUGAUAUUGAUGAAGAAGAUGAUAAGAGGUUGCUAAGAGAGGAAUUGCGGGUGUUCUUUACGGUGGACUUAACUGAUCCAGCUGUUGUUGCAUAUGUGGAUUCCAAAAUGUCUACUGCCUACUCCCAAUUCAAGACUAGACUAAAGAAGGAAUGGAAAGCAUUUGGCUCACCUGAGCUAGGAAGAGCAAACUUGCCUAGUGCAGAUUUAUGGAAUGGGAGACCUGUCUCACAUUGGCACUGGCUUUGUGACAACAUAUACACCAACCAGUCUUGCAUUGAGAUUGCGGAAAAGAAUUCUGCUAACAGGUAUAUGCAACAACAUACUCACAGAGCUGGUGCACGGCCAUACGUGCAACAUGCUUUGGUGGCCUCUAAGGGUGGGAAGGAGUUGUCACUCAUACAGAAUUGGGGAGAGAAACACAAGGAUAAUAAUCAUGAAUGGAUCAAUGAGGCUGCCAAGAACAAAUAUGAGAAGAUGGAGGCUGAGAGGAAUGCCCUUUUACAGAAGUUGUACCAAAAGGCACCCGAGGGUACUGCACAUGAUUCUAUCAAACUGACUUUGGAAGCUGAGUACCCAAUAAUGGCUAAGGAGCUUGGGAGGAAGGGUAGGAUGAUCCAUGGCAUUGGUAACAUCCCUCACAUACGUUCUAACAUACGUAGAGUAUCUGCAUGGGGUGGCAACAAUUCUGAGGUAGCUGAACUGCGUGAUCUUAUCGACCAACUUACCUUUAACAUGCUCAGUAUGAAGGAACAAAAUGGACUAUUGAAGGCUCAAGUGGAAUGUUUAUUGCGGCAAUCUCCUGGGCAGAUGAGUGAGGAUGACUUCCCCCAUCCUAGCACCAACUUCUAAGACUUUGCUUGAGUAGUUUGGGUGAGCAUUUGCUAGACUUUUGGUCUGAUGUCCCUUUUUGUGCAGUUAUAGCUUUUUACCUUGAUUAUGGUACUGUCUAGCAAUACUCAAGCAAAUCCAAUGUGUCCCUUUUGAGUAAUGCAAGCUGACACAUAACUAGUAUAUUAGAACUUUGGUGGAUUUUCUUGAGUUUUGACCUUGUGCCUCACUCAGCUCAAAGUCUCAACACAUAUAGGACAUCUAAUUAGAUUAGUGCAGCUAAUGUAGGCUGAGUAGCUUCUAACUUUUGAUGUACAAAUG